AUGUCCAACGACCGCCGGCGGUUAUUUGUGACAACCAUUUACUUCCUGGAAGAACCUGUUAAUGGUUCAUUGCGACGGGAUGUAGCAACGCCACCGACAAGUGUACCGAAGUGUACCAAGGCCAUCAGCAGAGAGAGGCAAUGCGUCUUCCUCCAAUCUCCCGGUACCGAAUUCUAUUUGCUCUUGAAACGAAGGGAAGCUCUUACCUUCGGCGUCCUUUGA